ACCGUACUCCAAUUCUUUUUCGUCAAAUGCCAAUUUAUGCAACACACGAACCUUCAAUGUCAAUGCUCUGAAUCUUCGUGGUGAAAACGAUGUCAAUAAAAUCAUAUUUGCAAGUGUCCUGAAUUCAUCAGAAGAGGAGGCUUACGACCAAGACGUUUCACUCGUACCUGCGGUCUCGUCUUGUGGAAUAGGAAUCCUCGCAAGAAGUAUUUUGUGGAGAAUUUAGUCAGAAACAUUUUAUUGGUUGCCGUCAAACUCAAAUCAACAACUGAGCUGACGCUGUUUGACUGAUUUACCUAGGCAAAACUUGAUCGUGAAAUGGAAAAUGUUCGCAAUCAGUGUGGCGAUCAUGCUUGUUUUGGGGAAUAGGAUGUGAAUUUUCUACAAAAGCACCAAAGAAUUUGAGAGACACAUUCCAAGCAAAAAAGACGCAGUAUUUCAUCUCGCUUUCAGCAGCAUCGUUAAUUCUUAAGAGGAGGCUACAAAAAUAGCUGUCAAUAUGGAGAUGCUAAUCAUGGCAUCUGGAGGCCUGAACUCCAUCGCCUCAAGCCUGGGGCACAUGGAAGGCGACGCUUACAUCAUCUCCGAAUACUGCGAAGAUGUUCUCGAAGAGAUGCUGGACAAUCUCAAGCUGGAGAACAAAGUGACCCGGCCGGUGCGCGUCAACAUCGCCAACUCCAAGGUCUUAGAAGCGGAUUUAUUGCCUAUACUCUCUGCUGCAAAGGACAACGUCGAAGCAUUCCAAGCCAUUGUUAGGUUAUUGGUGAACCUUUCCAUGCCGUUGGAGGUUAUCUUACCGGUCCAUCCCAACAUGACCAAGGCGGACUGGGACCAACGACGCACCUUGCAAGACAUGCUGCAGAAGAUCAAGAAACACUUCGUACAGGAGGCGCCCGUCCGGGCAAUCCUGGAACAGAUGAGCACCGAACUAGAACACCAUGGAUCAUACCGGAUGGACAAGGAUUCCAUGGAAUCCAUGAAUGAUUGCCUGGUGUUGAUCCGUAACAUACUCCACAUCGAGGAAAACACCGGAAUGGAGAGCAAUAAUGAUAUUGUCAGACACAUGCUGGAUAACGACUUUGGUGAAAUUAUCCACAGCAUGCUAAGCAGAGAAGAAGCGGAGAUUUGGAUUUCAGCAAUGGUACAAGUCGUCCGGCUUAUGUUUCGCGAUCAGAUGUCUCAAGAUUUAGUCAAGCGAGCCGCUAAGCUGUACGAGAAAGGAACUCUCUUUGCACCUGCGUCGCAAGAAACGCAGUCAAGCGGUACAAGUCCUGAACAAACGGGCGCAGAGAACGUUGAAGUCGACGUAAAGUCACCGUGGAAGACUUUGAGGGAGUCAAGCCCACCCCUUGCAAAAAACGGCUGCUCUGCCUUUCAGAUUCACACGCUGGACGAUAACAUUUCCUCUGGAAGCAGUGAACCCUUGGGUUAUUCGAGCAGUGACUCUGGCUUCCCCCUGUCGGAGGGUUUUGCCACGGAUUCUAAUAGCGAUACAGGUUUGUCGGCCGAGAAGCAUCCGGACGAAAAAGCCGACGAUGAGAACAGUGAGACGGUAAAAGGUGGUGGCGCACCUGUUACUAGCCACGACGGCGAUGAUGUUGGAGGUCAAAGCUCGGAGACAAGUAGUAGCAGCAGCGGGAUUGAUUCGUCGCCGGGGGUGCCGCCAUCUCCCAGGGAUCUCUCGACCGACGAGGAUUCUUUGAGAGAUUCCUUGACGGGGUUCGCCCUCGCUGAUGACUCCUCGACCUGCUCGGGGAAGGAGUCCCCGCGGAGCGUGGAUGCGUCGCCACCACCCGCAACGACAGAGACGACGAGCGAGAACAACUCUUCCAAGAGGCCGAGAGAAUAUCUCUGCAGGCCGAGAGAGGAUCCCCGUGGAAGCCCAGACAGCCAGGCAUCAGAAGAGGACGAUACCGACAGCAGGACGUCGGGGAACGAUUCGACAUUUAGCGUAUCCUCAGAUAACAGUUCGUCGUCCUUCACCAGUUCGUCAGAGACCGGUUCGUCUUUCAGUACGAGCAGCACGUCCAUGGACGGAACUGGCAGGAAGCAGGAAUUAUUAAGAAACCGGCUGUGUAAGUUUGCCGUGAGGUUUUGUCAGCACGGACUGAACCGAUUGAUUCUAUUAUCGCAGGACAAUCUUCUGCAGCGUGUUAACGACUGCUACGUCUUGUGGUGUAUGUCCUACUUUCUUCCCUUCUCGUCGCUGCCCUGCAUCAGUUACAGUGACGUCAGGUAUAAUUUGUCCAGCAUGGUGGUCACGUAUCUCAUGUUCGUCACUCUGAACACGUGGGAGAGUUUCACCCUCGCUACCGGCGACGCGACGGCCGACAGUAAAUCCAACAUCCUCUUCAGAAGAUUGUAUCUUCUUGUCGCCAGUCUGAGGCAAAUCCUGUCGAGUACUCGGCGGUUCAUGGAGAAGGAACUCGGAACCGAGGAGCGAGAGAGUCUGAGUAACUUCAUGAAUUGCCUUUGUCAUUUGGAAGGACUGCGCAAGCUCUACUUGCUCCUCCUGCGCAAGUUCCGUCCCAAGAACGAGUCGGUCCAGUACCUGAGGGCACUAGUCGUCGGCAACGACGAACUGCUCCGCAUCAUCACCAGCGAGCAGGCGUACGCCGUUGAAGGAAACAGCAAGUUCAACUGUGAAGAGCACGUCAAGCAGUUGGCAAGUCGCCAAGUCCUGCUGACCUACAACGAGCUGCUGACGAAGUUCAGCAGCAACACCCAAGAAGAAAACGAGGCGGCGUUCACACUGAUGUACCACACCGCCGUCGAUCUGCGGAAUCACAAGCUGGUCUACCAGCUAUCGAUACUGGACACUUUUGCCGAUCUGUGGGAACAUGGGGCUGAGGACUGCAUAUCCCAGAGUUCUUGGGACUUCAUGGAUCACAUUGUUCAAGUCUUUGCCGAGCACAGCGUGAACAACCCUGACAUACUGAUGGAACACAUUGCAGCCUCAACAAGCAAAAAGAGGAAGUAUGAGGAGCUUGAUGACAGUUCGGAGGAUGAAUAUUCCCCGUUUAAGAAAUCGCUGACUGCCAAGGGAGGGUUGAGCCUACCCACAAUGCACAGCAGCGGCAGCGAAGACGAGACUGCCGAGACGAACCACAUCAAGGACAACGUCAAAACCUGCAUCAGGGCGCUAACCAUCAAAGGUUACAAGCCUCAGAUUCGUGGCCUGCAGAACUUACUGCUGGAAACAUGCUAUGCCAAACUAGCUUGUCCCAAGACGGCAGUCGUUGAGCCCGUGGUUUGGUUGAAUCACAUUCAAAUGAAGUCGGUUCCGCUGUUCGCCUUCUCGCAAGCAGACGAGUUGGCCAUGAACGAUCCCCACUUCCAGGAGAUCUUGCGGCGUGUGGGAAUGCACAGCGCCAAGGACUCCCAUCACCUGUUCCCCUCCAUCCCGGCGUUCUGGACCGCCGAGAUGUGCCUGAACGCUGCCAAGAUGCUGGGCGACAUCAACUGUGAAAAACUUGGUUUCGCAUUGACUCCGGAGGGUGAGCUGUCUCCUGAGUAUCUGGAGCUACAGGUGCCCUGCACGACCUUUGAACCUAACGGCGGCCUUGACAAUACCAAGACAGGUCAGGAACUAGACGAGAAACCCACAACAUCAAGGGUUUCCAGUCAGAUGGCGUCGCUUCCUAAGAACAUGUGGCUGAGUGUUGUGCAGCAGUUGAAUGCUGAGAAAGAGGCCAAGGCGUGAGUCCGUGCACUGACCGCUAUGCUCACUGGACUGGCUGAUAGUGCUCAUGCAGUGAAGCAAUCGUCGGCCAUCUUGGGUCACCCAUGCUGACAGUGCUCCUGCAGUGAAGUGAUCGUCGGCCAUCUUGGGUCACCCAUGCUGACAGUGCUCAUGCAGUGAAGCGAUCGUCGGCCAUCUUGGGUCGCCCAUGCUGACAGUGCUCGUGCAGUGAAGCGAUCGUCGGCCAUCUUGGGUCACCCAUGCUGACAGUUCUCAUGCAGUGAAUCAAUCGUCGGCCAUCUUGGGUCGCCCAUGCUGACAGUGCUCAUGCAGUGAAGCAAUCGUCGGCCAUCUUGGGUCACCCAUGCUGACAGUGCUCAUGCAGUGAAGCAAUCGUCGGCCAUCUUGGGUCACCCAUGCUGACAGUGCUCAUGCAGUGAAGCAAUUGUCGGCCAUCUUGGGUCACCAAUUAUGCACAGUAAAUUUU